CAUGGCGCGGAAGAGGCGAGGCCUGACCCGGAAGAGGUGGAGGGUUGUGUCGGCGGCGGGAUAGGAGGCCGCCCCGUUCUUUCCUCUCGCCUCAGUGCGGUCUUGGGCGAAAAGGUGUGUUUCACGUCGAGGGCAACUCCGCAAAGCCGCUUGGUCGGGAGGAGGAGGCCCAGCCUUGGGAGGCUUCCCCUUCGGACUCUUGAGGAAGAGCUCUCCUCUGCCUGUCCCCUCCCCGCCCACGAGUGUGUGUGUGUGCUUCUGAGAGGCCCCUCUCCUUCCUCAUGCCUCUUCCCCCCUCUUCCUCCUUCUCCCUCGUUUCUCCCUUGGCGAAGGCCCCUCGGUGAGCAGCCCCCCGCCAUGCAGAGUGGGGAGGCCCUCGCCGUGGUCCCCUCCCCGGCCCAAGCCCCCCCGCCUCUCCCCGCCCCGGCCAUGAAGGCCUCGGAGAGCGGCGAGGGCAAGGCGGAGCCCCCGGCCCAGAACUGCCCCAGCAAGGCCAGCACCGCCAGCAGCAGCAGUAGCAGCAGCGGGCUCAGCAGCCUCAGCCGGGGAAGCGCCGCCGCCGCCGCCACCAAGGCCUGGCAGUACAGUGAUCACAUGGAAAAUAUUUCUGGAUACCUAAUGAAAUACACAAAUCUAGUCACAGGAUGGCAAUAUAGGUAUUUUGUCUUAAACAAUGAAGCUGGCCUUCUGGAGUAUUUUGUAAAUGAACAGUCCAGAAAUCAAAAGCCUAGAGGGACCUUACAGCUGGCAGGAGCAGUCAUCUCCCCUAGUGAUGAAGAUUCACAUACCUUCACAGUGAACGCUGCUAGUGGGGAACAAUAUAAACUAAGAGCUACUGAUGCCAAAGAACGGCAGCACUGGGUCAGCAGGCUUCAGAUAUGCACACAGCAUCAUACUGAAGCAAUUGGAAAGAACAAUCCUCCUCUGAAAUCUCGCAGCUUCUCCCUUGCAUCUCAAGGCAGUGGCUCUCCCGGUGUGCAGAGAAGGCCCAGCCAAAAUGCAGCCUCUUUUUUUAAUGUUGGUCAUCACAGGUUACCAGCUGGGAAGAGAAUUCCCAUUCUGCAGCCAGAUCACUUAAUUGACGUACGAGAGAAGAUGUAUCAAGCUGAGGGACAGCAAAGAGACCUUGUAAGAAGCAUAGAAUGCCUUCCUACUUCUGGUCAUUUUUCUUCCUUGGACCAAGAUCUGCUGAUGCUUAAAGCAACUUCCAUGGCAACAAUGAAUUGCUUAAAUGAUUGCUUCCACAUUCUCCAACUACAGCAUGCAUCACAACAGAAAGGAUCCCUAUCUAGCGGAACAACUAUCAGUUGGUUGGAACCCAAGAUUUCGCUGCCAAACCACUUCAGAAAUGGAACAGAUCAGAAUUUCUCAGCUGAUCAAAACAAGCCAUCAUCAGUCACAGAGGAAGAGACUAUAUCAGGAUCCGUUCAACUAACUAGGGAACCAGAGGAAAUAAAUCCAGAUGAAGAAGUGGAAGAUACAUGUGACAAUAAAGAAGAUGACCUUGGAGCUGUGGAAGAGCAACGUAGUGUCAUCUUACAUCUUCUGUCUCAACUCAAACUUGGCAUGGACUUAACAAGAGUGGUUCUUCCUACUUUUAUUUUAGAGAAACGCUCUUUGUUGGAAAUGUAUGCCGAUUUCAUGUCCCACCCGGAUCUCUUCAUUGCAAUUUCAAAUGGCAGCAGCCCUGAGGAGAGGAUGAUCCGCUUUGUCGAGUAUUACCUCACUUCCUUUCAUGAAGGCCGCAAAGGGGCGAUUGCAAAAAAGCCAUACAAUCCAAUCAUUGGGGAAACAUUUCACUGCUCAUGGAAGAUGGCAAAGAGCCAUGUACCAUCCGACACAAAUAGUAACUCUUCCUCCCAUUCCCUUUGUGAACAAGGGACUCUCUCAGAAGAUUCACAGGACCAAGCAGAGUCGGACUGUUACACGGUCAGAUUUGUAGCAGAACAAGUAUCUCAUCAUCCUCCAGUCUCAGGGUUUUAUGCUGAAUGUGUGGAGAGGAAGAUGUGCGUUAACGCUCAUGUCUGGACAAAAAGUAAAUUCUUAGGCAUGUCAAUAGGAGUGACGAUGGUUGGGGAAGGUAUUUUAAGUCUACUGGAACAUGGGGAGGAAUAUACAUUUUCCUUGCCUUGUGCGUACGCUCGAUCAAUUUUAACUGUCCCUUGGGUAGAACUGGGAGGAAAAGUCAGUGUUAAUUGUGCAAAAACAGGAUAUUCUGCAAGUAUUACUUUUCACACAAAACCCUUCUAUGGUGGCAAGCUUCAUCGAGUUACUGGUGAAGUGAAGCAGAAUUCUACCAACACUGUGGUUUGUAGAGUACAAGGCGAAUGGAACAGUAUCCUUGAAUUCACCUACAACAACGGGGAAACAAAAUGCAUGGAUUUGACAAAGUUGUCUGUGACAAGGAAGCGAGUGCGACCCAUUGAGAAGCAAGGGCCAUUUGAAUCCAGGAAACUGUGGCAGCAUGUGACAGAAUCCUUGAGGGAUGGGGACAUUGACAAGGCAACAGAGCAUAAGAAAGCCCUUGAGGAACAGCAGAGAAAUGAGGAGCGGCUUCGAGCUGAGACAGGCACACCCUGGCAGACGAAGUAUUUUGUUAAAGAUGGAGAUGGUUGGGUUUAUUAUAACCCCCUUUGGAAAAGAAUGGCUGCCAUACAAAAUCAAGAAGUGGACAACAAUUAGAUGGAGUUUGAUCAACAGUAAUCUUCACACAUGUCUAAUCCCUGCAACUUCCAAAAUGCUGUAUCUCACUUCAGAGUCCUUGGGGAUUUUUAUAUAAUUGCACAAAACUAAGUAAGCAUAUAAAGGCAUAAAA